AUCGCUCGUUACGUCAACAGACCUCGAGUAACCUUCCUACAGUGAUAGCGACGCAAUUUUCGAGUGUGACAUAAGCCAAAAUGUCAGCGCACAAAUAUAUAAUCGGUCUGACCGUUCUGGUCGCUACUCUGUUGACCGUCAACUCUGUACCCACUGGCGAGUUUAAAGUAGUGGGUUUCGCUGCUUACGACGACAAGUCGCAUCAUAUGAUCGUCGGCGCUAGAGAAGCUGGUGAUAGGCUCGCUUACCAAGAAAACAUUGUCAAGACUUCUAGCUGGCUGCAGAUUGUGAAGAUUGAGAAGACCUUCAGUGUUCCAAGUAACGAACGUAUUACUUUGGUUGAGGCAUUGGACCAGAAGACAAACGGAAACGGUGCGUACGCUAGUAUUCUGAGUGGUGGACCUGGGUCCAACAGCGUCACCAUAAAGUUCAAGAGCCAGAGGAGUCACGGUAUUAACUUCGACUUAAGAAUUUAUUCACGACGUUAUUAAUCAACCACAAUGGGAGCUAUUCCAAUGAUUGCGAUGAUUUCUGGAUACGAUUAGAAGAAGUAAAAUAACAAAUUCAAAAAAACUACAUCACUUAAUUCUAAACUAUUUAUUACGUAUAUUAAAACACUAUUACCAUUGCCGCUAAAACAAGAUAUAUCAUUAAAUACUCUUGUUACUCACAUUAGUUUUACGAAAUCUUGUACACAUCAUCACCAAUAAAUCAACGUAAUUGAUGUAUAACUGUGUAUUUUUGUUCUUAAACUUUCAAAUAUAUACAUAUGUAUACAAUUGAAGAUAGAACAUAAAUACAAGUUGUUUUUGUGUAAUAAAUUUUAAUGACGUAUGAUGGUAAAUUAAAUU